GGAGGCAGCUUCCAAUUUUCUUUGCAGCACAUCUCAAUACAACUACAAAUUUAUCUUGUAACCUAUGAGUACAAGCGAUUCUCGACAACCAUUGUAGGAUUAAAACUAAAGUAAAAUUAAAUAAUGAGAAGCAUGACGAAAAGCAAUUCGGAUAUCUGACUGAUGAUGCCACAUGAACAGCAGGCUGUUCUCUGCACAUGGCCCAUUUCCUUACUUGUUUGUGUUCCUGAGCAUUCCUUCUCUGCCUAGAAGUCUGUGUCACCUUCCUCUACCUCGUGUUGCUGUUCUGCCACCUGGUUAUAGGCUGCCUUCUCCUCCUGUGUGCUCAGAGCAUGAGGCUGUGAGCUCAGUCACUAGGUCCCUCCCAGGAGGCACAGCCGUACAAGCUGGGUGGAUUCCCAACAGCCAAACUUCAGGCUUCUUUCUAGCCAUUCUCAGAGUGUGAGCCUGACUCACAGCAUCCAGGUUGCAGGCUCUCUCCUUCACACAACUCGAUCUUGUAGAAACAGCUGCAUUCCUCAUGACACAAUGGCAUUGCCAUCCAACAACACAGACUUAACCUUGAUCCUCUCAAAAUUGUUAGAAGACUAUGUAGAGAAGAAAAACCACCCCAAGCCUCUACCCUUCAAUGAUUCUAAUGACCAUCUGGAAGUAGUGUUUAUACUUCUGCUGCUUGGAUUUUUUGGAUUCAUCACCUUUGGGGUCAUGAUCAGCUAUAUCCGCUCCAAAAAGCUGGAACAUUCCAAUGAUCCCUACAAUAUCUACAUUGCCACCGAUCUCUGGCAGAAGCGGGAUAAAGCCAACUUGCAGGUCAAAGUAAUAGAAAAUUAUAAAUCAUGUUGUAUAUGGAAAAAUGAGCAUGCUGUUGAACAACCUACUAAUCAUAUCCCUGAAGUGAAAUCUUAAUAACAAGAUAAAGAGACAUUGUGCUGUCCCUUCAAAAGUACCAAAGAGACAGAAGUUGGACAAUACAUUUCAAAAGCAAAGGGGUAGAACCGAUAACCUAUACAAUUGCCUCCCUUAAAUUGACGCCACACUAAUGUAUUAAAUGAAACCUUCUGGCAAUUCCUCACCCAUAUGAGCUUACUGUGUAGUAGAAGGAGUUGUUAUUUGAAGAGCUCAUUAUGAGGCACCAUGUUGGGAAAGACAGCUGUUCUAACCUAAACAGUAAAAUAUAGGAGGUAUUUGUAAGCUAUUAUUUAUCCCAACAUGGGUUUUCCACAAAAUCUGGAUGUACUAUGAAUGGAUCCUUGUUCUAGACUUCGUUCUUAUUAACAGAACAAGUAUGAAAACGUUGCUUUAGUUGGCAUUUUGCAGGUAUCUCCAUCUGACCAACAAAAAACAUGAAACUGAUUCAUAAGAGAUGGAUCAAGACCAAUGAAGUUUAAUAAAAAUCACAUAAUUUCUUUAUGUAUAAUGUAAUAUAGGCCAUCCAAAUGGCUGGGUUCUGGCAGUCACUGCUGCCGGUUCACUCAUGGGUGCACCAUGUGUAUGCGCUUGAUGCAUGCUGCACG